AUGGGCAUGUUUAUAAGAUGUUUGUUUCACCAUAGCACACUACUUUACGCUGUCGCUCUUUGGCUUAACGCGUUCGCGGUGACUACUACGGCUCUGCCAUCAAGCCUUCGAAGAUAUGGAUCACGGGUUGAAACUAUUGGAAGAGGCUCAACAGCAUCAGUCUAUUUGUGCGAAGCAUCUGAAACUGAGAUAUUUGCAGUCAAAGUCUUUGAUGCGUGGGAUCCGAAAGAACACAGCACCCUCGAAGACUACCGGAAGGAGAUCCUGCGACAGCACUCUAUAACGAAGAGGGUUAGCGACCACGACAGCAUUGUUCAGGUGUUCGAUCUCAAAGAGAAAGAUGAAAUAUGGUUUGAAGUAAUGGAAUAUUACCCUCAGAGUGUCUUCGCCGCUGUUGCUCAAGGAAACUCAUCUGAGGUUGAGUCAGAAUGCUUGUUCAAACAGCUCAUAGGCGCUGUAGCACAUGUACAUCAGCAUGGAUUCGCCCACAGAGACUUGAAACUCGAGAACCUUAUGAUGGAUUCUCAUGGCAAGCUGAAACUGCUGGACUUCGGUCGAGCCGUUCUGGCAUACGACUUCCUCGAACAAAAAGUUCUGCUACAUUAUGAUAUUAUCGGUUCAGAUCCGUACAUGGCCCCUGAGGGUUUUAGAAGCUUAAAAUACGAUCCGAGAAUUGCAGACAUAUGGUCUCUCGCUAUGGUCUAUUACGCCAUGACGUUGAGACAGCUACCAUGGGAGAGACCUCAUGUAUCAGAUGAGGAUUCCAGAGUAUUCGUAAGCUCGCAAACUUCAUCCGUGAGUAGAGUGUCAAUUCUGUGA